AUGGCGCUUCUGAUGAAAACCUUCAAGGCGCCUGCGCCGGUACUCACUGCGGCUGUUAUAGCUUCUCAACGCCGUAUGGCUAGUAAUGGGGAAGUGGAAUUCCAUACAAAGGGUUAUAAAUUGCACAAACUCGAUCAGGGUCCAAAAGAAGCAGUUACAUUGAAUCGCGAUGAUGCGCUACGCUUUUACAGGCAGAUGCAGCUUAUCCGUCGUAUGGAAUCGGCCGCUUCGAAUCUCUACAAGGAGAAGAAAAUCCGUGGUUUCUGUCAUCUGUACUCCGGCCAGGAAGCUUGCGCAGUUGGCACCAAAGCAGCCAUGGAGGACGGUGAUGCCGUAAUUACCGCAUAUCGUUGCCAUGGAUGGACCUUGUUGCAAGGAGCUACCGUAACUGAAGUCCUAUCUGAACUAACCGGAAAAAGUACAGGAGUCGUAUAUGGAAAAGGGGGCUCAAUGCACAUGUAUCAAAAGAAUUUCUACGGCGGUAAUGGUAUUGUUGGUGCUCAGCAGCCCCUAGGAACAGGAAUCGCAUUCGCCAUGAAGUACAGGAAACAGAAGAACAUCUGCAUCACCCUUUAUGGAGAUGGUGCUGCUAACCAAGGUCAACUUUUCGAAUCGACCAAUAUGGCUUACCUUUGGAACCUUCCUGUAGUAUACAUAUGCGAGAAUAACGGAUUUGGUAUGGGCACACAAGCAGAAAGAUCGUCCGCCUCGACUGACUACUAUAUGAGGGGCGACUACGUACCCGGCGUCUGGGUCGAUGGUAUGGAUGUGUUAGCCGUUCGUGAAGCGAUCCGUUGGGCAAAGGAGUACUGUAACGCUGGCAAGGGACCUUUAGUGCUAGAGCUGGCCACGUAUAGAUAUCAUGGGCAUUCUAUGUCCGAUCCUGGAACAAGCUACCGUACGCGUGAAGAGAUCCAAGAAGUUCGCAAAACUCGUGACCCUAUUACUGGUUUCAAGGACCGCAUUAUUACUUCUGGACUUGCGAAAGAAGAUGAUCUUAAGGCAAUCGAUAAGGAAGUUCGCAAGGAAGUUGACGAUGCAGUCAAAGUGGCAAACACGGCUCCUCUGAUGCCUGACGAGGGAGUCUAUACUGAUAUCUAUCACAACACUCCACCUAUGAUGAUACGUGGAGCCACCAUCGAUACGUCUCAUAUGCAGAAAUUCGUGAACUCUGGCGAACUCAUGAAAACUGUUGCUAAGUAG